AGUCUUCUUUGGCAAUGAGCGGUGAUAAGGCGUUUUUGCCCUCUUCGAGUAAAAUACUGUACAUUCAGAACAUUCGUGAUAAAUUUGAACCAGGCUCGUUUUAUGAUGUCAGACCAAUGCUAACACAGUUUAAAGCAUGCAAAUUAAGGCUGGAUAGACAAUUUGAAGCUUUCUUGCAAGAUUAUGGGCUGAGAUGCUACACGCAAAUUCUGGCGUCCUAGCCGGGAGGUUCUGGCCACCCACCCCCGUUGAUCCUAAAUCAAUAAAAAGAUGCUUUCAUUAAUGAAGACAAGCGUAGCAGCAUAGCUAUCGCCAACAAGAUUUGCAAUUUCAUGUUUUAUUUUAGACAACACUACCUAGUUAACUUUCAUUACCCACCUCUCGUGUCCACUCAUCACACCAGUACCUACUUCUCCUCAGAUUCAAGGAUAAAGCACACAAGACCGGCCUAUACCGGGCACCUUGUCCCUGACCGUGAAGGUCAGUCAUGGGAGGCAUAAAAGCGGGAGCGGCUGGGAAGACGGCACCAGUCUGCUGACACAUUCAGUUCGUGACCACCGGACUCCUACACCCGCAGCCAUGAAGCUGAUUGUGCUGUUCGCCUUUGUGGCUGUGGCCGCCGCCGCUCCUCAGAACCAGCCUCUGGUCAAGAUUCUGAGCCAGUCGUUCGAUCAGGAUGACCAGGGCAGCUACCAGUACGCCUACGAGCUCGACAACGGACAGAGGGCUGACGAGGCUGGCCAGUCUAUCCCCGGCCCGGAGCCCGAGACGGGAUCCAUCGACGUCCAGGGCUCCUACGCCUUCCUCGCCGACGACGGCAACACCUACUCGGUGUCGUACCGGGCCAACGAGGGUGGCUACCAGCCUGAGGCCGACUUCCUGCCGGUGGCUCCUGCCCAGAUCCCCGAGUACGCGCAGCUGCGCCAGGAGCACCCGGAGCUCUUCUGGGCCGAGACCCAGUAAACCUGUGAUAUGUCUUUCUCCAUUACCACAUUUGAAGCUCAUUCAUUCUUUGUGAUCUUCUCUCGAUGCCAUGAUCAUUUUUGCUGAUCUUGUAUAAUAAAUGAUUCAGUUACGG